AAACCACCAUCUACUUAUUUCCAAAAUUCUCGUGUUUAAAGAUAAAAAUGAAGAAGAGGAAACGUGAAAGGUCUCUUGCACCAAAGUUCCUAUGUGAAGAUUCCUAUAAAGGCAAAAGAAAACCUGAGAAUGUAAAUUUUUUAACUGUACCGAGUACCGUCAGUCUGUCACUGUCAGAAGUGUCAGAGUGUCACUUUCAGGUUAUGUUAUACAAAUACAAAUUGUGUUCGUAAAUAAAAAAGUUAAUAAUAAUAAUAUAAAAUUAUUAUUGUGUGAUUAAAAAAUUCGUAAGUUGUCAUCAUAGACGUCACGUAUUGUGAACAUAAAUCCGAAAAAUUUUAAUAAUCAUGCGAUAGUUACAAUCAGGGACCUUCAUGACUGCUUUGAAACUCUGACAUAAGACGCAAUAAUGUAUUGAUUGAUGAAUGACUAAUACAUUAUUGUUGGUACUCCUCUAAACAAACAAGAAAAUGAAAUUUGAAUCAUAACAUAAUACUAUUUAUAUCAAUGUAUUCAGUUCUGAACUUCUCAACUAACAUUUAAGUGUCGUCAAUCACUAAGAAGAUAAAUUCAUUAUCAUCGAAAUUCUGAGAUCUUUUAUGAAUACACAGAUUAAGAUGACAGUCCAACAAUACUGUCUGAGAUGGAAUAACCACCAGCCCAAUUUCAUAUCGGUUUUCUCAAGUUUACUGAGUAGUCAGUCUCUAGUUGAUGUCACAUUGGCUGCAGAAGGAAAGCAGUUACAAGCUCAUAAAGUAGUACUAUCUGCUUGCAGUUCUUACUUCCAGGCUCUUUUUGCCAUGAACCCAUGCAAGCAUCCUAUAGUCAUAUUAAAAGAUGUUAAAUUUAGUGAUCUGAGAGUGAUGGUUGAUUUUAUGUAUCAUGGAGAAGUUAGUGUCUCCCAAGAACAAUUACCUUGUAUUUUGAAAACUGCAGAAAUGCUAAAAAUCAAAGGUCUUACUGAAAUACCUGUGGAAAAUUCAGCAACCAAGUGUCAAAAUUAUACCACUGAAAAUCCAGAUAUACCAAGUCAUGAGGAAGAAAAUUGGAAUGUAGAGGAGCCUAAUAGGAGUACCAGUCCAUCUUCACCAUCUAGUAAAAGGAAAAGGUUAAAGAAAAAUGUCAUAUGUACAGCUACAGUAACUGAACAACCAGAAGCAGCAUCUGAUGAAAUUCUGUUGAGUACAGUUGAUAAUGUAUUUGAAACAGUUUUGAAGACAGAACCUGACAGACAAAGCACUGACAACUAUGGACAUAGAUAUAGUUCAACUCCAACUCCAAUUCAAACAAUACAUCCUGCAUCAUCACAUCACAGAGAAUCAAAGCCAACACAUCAAAUAAUAACACAAGUUACACCUCCAGAAGUGACAACAGCACAAAAUUUAGAAUGCUCAUCAAUAGAAAUACCAAGGAUUUGUACAACGCAGCCCACUACUACAAGUGUGCCCCACUUGUCGCCUUCCAAUUCUCCGCCGCCCCAGCAGGAGCACAUGGGCCCCAAGCGGGGCAGGUUCCUCAUGCGACAGUCGCGCAUCAAGCGCGAGUCGGAGCCCUGCCCCGAGGGCGACCUGGAGAUGGGCCUGUCGCAGUACCUGACCUUGCCGCCCGUGCGGAUCGAACGGCAGUGCUCGGAGCCGAUCCGCUCUGUGUCCCCGUCGCCGGACAACCUGUUGCACGUGCCGGAUCAUACGCUGGUGAAGCAGCAUUCGCAUCCUAUUUUGCCGACCAAGAGCAAUGAGAGCACUACAAGAUCUAGUCAUUGUCCCGUCGUUCGAGCAGGUCCGGCAUUGGGCUGCAAUUAUUGUUGGAACACGGUGGACACUCACGGCCGGAUAUUACGAAGGAAGACCAAAUACCAUUGUCCAGAAUGCCAGACGAAUCUCUGCAUAGUGCCAUGUUUCCAGGAGUACCACAAAUGCCAAGUGGAGAAGCCCACGAAUCCUGACUCUCUACUACCCCCGCCCAUUGCGAAAUUGUUGCCCAAAAGCAGUAGUUGAAUUGAUGUGAUGCUGUGUAAAUAGAUAAUUUAUUGAUCAUCAUCA